CGGCGAGCAGGGCGCUAGCCCCCCCGGCCAUCCGCCCCGAUGGAUAAAGCCGGCUCCCUGCACAGCGCCGUGCCCGCCCCGCCGCCCCGGCUCUACCUGCCGCGCAACUUCAGCUGCAGCGCCUGCCUCUAUGGCAGCCUGGCCGAGCAGUGCAAGGGCGGCUGCAGCCCCGACGGCGAUCCUCCUCCUCCUCCUCCGCCGCCGCCGCCGCCGCCCGUGGUGCGGGAAGCGGCGGGCGAGAAGCCCCCGGCGGCGCCCCGGGGCCGGGAGCCGUCGGUGCCCGCCGUGCCCCCCAGCCCCACGCAGCGCCGCCGGGCCAAGUCGCUGCCCACGCCCGGCGACCGCAGCCUGAGGCCGGCGCUGCAGCAGAGCCCGGCGCGCCGCAAGACGGUUCGUUUCGCCGACUCGCUCGGCCUGGAGCUCACCUCGGUGCGCCACUUCUGCCAGGCCGACCUGCCGCGGGUACCGCCGCCUCCUCGCCCCGCCGACCUCCUCAAGACCAGGAAGCCUCCGGCGCUGGGCGAGCUGGAGCCGGUGCUCUUCGGGCCGCCGCCGCCGCUCCUGGAGCCGCUCUUCCCUCCGCAGCCCGGCUCCAGCCCCGGCUUCGCGGAGCGGGUUCGGCAGCACAAGGUGAGGCUGGAGUGGGUGCGGGCAGAGCCGGCGGGGCUGCGCGGCGCCGUGCGCGUCCUCAACCUGGCCUACGAGAAGGCCGUGUCGGUGCGCUACACGCUCAACCGCUGGGCCAGCUGCGCCGAGGUGCCCGCCGCCUACCAGCCCUCCGGCCCCCCCGACGGCAGCACCGACCGCUUCGCCUUCCACCUGCCCCUCGGCGCCGCCGUCGCCGCCGACGCCACGCUGGAGUUCGCCGUCCGCUACCGCGUGGCCGGCGCCGAGUACUGGGACAACAACGGCGGCGCCAACUACCGCCUGCGGGGCCGGCCGCUGUCCCCGGCCGCCCUCUGCCCGCCGCAGGACCCCGACAGCACCGCCUGGAUCCACUUCAUCUGAGGGGGACCCUGCUCCCUCCGGCCUCGUCUCACAGGGCGGCCACGGCACCCUGACUUCACCUCACAGGACAGCCCCGGCACCCUCCGGUUUCACCCACCUCACGGGGCAGCCAGGGCACCCUCCAGCCUCGCCUCGCCUCACAGAGCCGUCCCAGCACCCUCCGGCCUCGCCUCACCUCACCUCACCCUUCCCACCAUCCCAACCACAGUCCCACCCAGCCGACCUUUCCAGAAGCUUCUUCGUAAGCCGCCAGAAGAUAGUUUUUUGAAUUCCGUUUACAGAUGAAUUAUUUAUCUUUUCUAUCUUACUAAUGCCGCGUAGGGAUAAGCGUUCAGUCGCCAGUCAGGACGAAGGCUGGGUGCGAGGUGUGAAGUCCCACGGCAGCAGUGUGGCCGGCACACCGCGGUGUUUUCCGCCUCAAGCUCGUGACCAAAGCUGCUGCACGGUGAGGGGUCUGCAAUGAGGGGAGGGAGGCUGGCAAUAUUUACAGGACUUAUCAGUGAAAAUGAGGAUCCAUUGGUGCAAACAAAUCUUCCUGGGUGCUGUGCCCACAGCACUGGGAUCUGGUAACACAGGCAGCACUGCCCUGGGCACCCAUCCUCUUUCCUCAGCCGUUGAGGUGCUGGAUCCCUUCCCAGAGCCCCACAGACCCAGCGUCCACGCGGACGCGGUCACUUGUGUUAAUUGCAGGGGACAGAUGGUGUUGUUGACCCCCAAAACAGAUACCCCCAGGUAUGGCUGUAUUUCUCAUGCUGUAAAAAUGGUAUGGGUUUGUAGCAAAGACUGAAGUUUUAAAAUUUUGAACCCUGUUUCAUAUAUUCAAGCAUAUUUAGAAAAAUGCUAAGAAAAAUUGUGUUACGUAUUAAUGGAAAUACAACCUACCAACAGGACUUAUAAAGCAAGCAUUUUGUGUUAAAGUCCACGUGAGACGUUGUAAAGGUCUGUCAUGCUUGUUUCGGUAGGAUUGUUCCCUAAAGCUGCUCGCGGUCAAGUUGGCAGGAUAGUCCUGAAGUUGCACCAAAGAAUUAGAGGGGGCAGGAAUUGAAUCCAUAAUUUUGGUUUGCAUCCCAAGCAACAUUUCCAGUUUUAUUUCUGUUAACAGUCUGAUUGAAGUUGUUAUACUAAGGUAUCAGGGCAGGAGCUUGCCUUUUGCAAAACAAAAUGUUCCAGAUUUUUCUGAAUAAUUCCAGAAAGUGGCCAAUUUCACAAAGCUAACUGUAUUUUGUUAGUCAGAUUGAGGAAAAGUAAUAUCUUUGCCUGGAAGUACAGAUGUAUCAAUAAAAAACAUUGAAAUUGCAGAGUGGGUUCACUUCUGCCUUCAAAGAUCUAUUUUGGAUGUUAGCAGAGAGAACAGCAUUUUCCUUUUUUAACUUGCUUUUUCGGGAGUUGGGCUGAAUACAGGUUGUGCUGGUGCCAAAUGUGGGUGCUAGCUUUCCAGGACUUAGGCACGUUUGUGUUUGCAAGUGAGGGACUUCUACAAAGAUGACUUCUGAGAGUGGUGGAACGAAUGCUGGUGUCAUCUUCCUAUUAUGAAGGGCUGUAAGAUCAGGCCUUCAACAUUUUGGACCUUUUGUAGGUUGUUCAGGAAUAAAGUGUAAUUUAACUGUAUUCUUUGUGCUCCUCGUGAGGGUUAAGUAUCCCCAACAGCUUGAUUAAUGCCGGGUUCUCAUGGAACCUUUCAACUUCGGUGGGAUUUGAGGGCACUUUUGUCUCCUGAGGGCCUGGUUGAGUCAGAAUAAUUAAACCUGUGAAUUCUGGAAAAAACGGUCUGGCAAGUUGAUGGGAAAAGAGCAUUUCAUUUAAUUUCUUUAUACCACUUUUUCUGGUUUAAUUGAAAUCAUAUGAACAGUAGCCUUCCUGUAGUAUUGGUCGCUUGGUUUCAGUUCCCCAACGAGUUUUCUCAUCCCUGUGAUCUUCAUAGAAAUAGAAUAUAAAAGAAGUACACUGUCAGCACCUGCUGAGUAUUUCACAUUUUAGAAUAUUAAAGCCCUGAUCUUGUAUUGAAGUAACCCUAUGUAUCACUAGCACACAUCUAAAAAGAUAGAAUUGGAGAACUUGGGUCUUAAACUGUUUGUGAUGAAUGCAUAUUAAGUAGUAUGAUUGACAAAGAUAGCCCAGGUGUCUUCUAGUUAAACCUAGUUUGUUAUGAGAGCCUUAAUACUGGAGAGAAGGAAGAGAACUUGUCUCCAUUUGAGAGCACUUUGAAAUAUGGUGGAAAUGCAGCCAAACAUCUUCUUAUUUAUGUGUUAGAGCUUUCCAAAACAUUUUUGCUUGGCCUUUCUUACCCACAUACUAAAGCGGCAACAGUUUUUCUGAAGCAUCCUUGUGUUGUCAUUUGAGGGGGAAAAAAAAAUAGUUUCUGUGUGCAUUAGGUUAACCAAUGCUAUAACUCUGUUUCUGAACGUUUAACCCCUCCGUCCAAUAUACAGCUGAAUAUUAAACCUUUUGAGGCUGUGGCACACCAGAAGAAUGUUUUGGAAAGCAGACUCCUGAACUUUUGAGCAAUAAAGCCGAUGUUUAGUUCAACACUCAGUUGAACUUUAUGGGCUUGAGCUUGAUCACAGCUUAUCAGUGAAAUAUGUUCAACUCCAGUAGAAGACCUAGUCUUCUGGAAGCUCUUCUAAACACCUCCAUUUAAAGCUUUAAAAGGUGAGGUUAGCCCAGCCAGCUUUGACUGGAGGAAGCUACUGAUGACAUCUGUGGCAGAAGUGUGAGGUGUUUUAACAGAAACCUAUCAGUGAUACAUGCAGAAGCUGCACUGCUUUGAUUACACGGUUCCACUUCUAUCACAUUAAUUUAUUCCCAAGAUUUCAAAAAACAUGUCUAGAUGCACUGCCUGCAAAUACUUUUUCCACUGGCAGCAUCCAUGUAUGCUUUCCAGUCCUUUAGUUUUCAGUCUGAUGCUACUUAGGUGGGGUUUGCUGGAAGCAUUGUGAUAAAUGGAAGUGAAAUAAAAUAAAAAUCCCAAAUAGAACUUACAGUCUACAUAAAUGAUAACUUUGAGGAGAAAAGCCUGUGCUGAACAGGGUCCUUCUCAAGUUGGCAGGCCAUCAGUCAUUUUAAUGGAAGGAGCAAAGGAGCAAGGCAACUUUUUUUUUUUUUUUUUUAAACACAUUUUUAAAGAACAUAGUUCCACAAAACUACCUUUAGAAGGCAAAGUAAAAUAUUUGAAUUAUGUUUCAGGACACAAAUUUUUCAAGCCAAUCUUUUUUUUCUAGAAAAAACGACAGUUCAGCUGUUUUUAUUUGCACGGAUAAAGCCCGUGCCACCUUCCUUUCCAAGUGAUGCUAGAAGGUGUAGGCAAGGCAAUAACCCUUAGGUAGCGUACUUCACUUUUAAGUGAAUUAUUCAUAAUCACAUUCAUUAUGUCUUUGGAGGUGUAAAAACCUGUCUGUCGUUUAUUGUGCAGAGUCGUGCAUUCUUAUUUUCUGUGCAAUAGUGAUACUUCCUGCAGUAAGUCAAAUCGCACAGUGUGUCUGAUACGCAUUCCUGUUGGCUGUUGCACACUGAAGCUGAUAAGAGUUUUUGCAUGUGACUCCAUGCCUCUCCUGGCAAUAUUUGUGAAAUCUACCCUAAUCAAUGGAAGGGAUCAACUUUCAGCUAGCUAACCACAUUACUAUUCAUUAGCGUAAAAAAUAAUUGAAAUGUUAUACUCAUUUUCAAUAAAUGUACAUUACUUCAGGUUAAUUAUUUUCUCCUUUUACCAUUUGCAAGUAACUUUUUGUUGUGAAUGUGUGUGCCUCAGUAUCGUAUUAAAUAGCAGAGCAAGUGCUCACUUCUUGUUAUUGCAGUGUAUGCGAGGGGAAGACGCAUCACUUGAACAAACAGCUGUCUGUUCAUGCAUGUGCGUGAUCUCUACAGAUACAUGAAAUGUUUUGCAGCAGCGCCAACAGGCAAACAUCUGCUAAUUCUAAGUUUUAAACAUAAAGUAACCGACAGAAAUACUCAGAAUCUGCUUUGUAACAUAUUACUAAAUAUAUAUUGAAAUCUUUAUGUGCCUUUCAGCAUUUCCUAGGAAGAAAUCUCAUUUGUUCCUUCAUGUUCCCGCCAAAAGUCCAGCGAUUUCUCAUUAAAAUGAAAUUUAUACUAAAAAUCUAAUAAUCCGUUCUAAUUCCAGACACUCUUUCAGCUGUGGCAGAAAUCCUGCAGAAUUUGAUCAUAUUUUCCCAUACUACAGUGAAAGGAGUUACUGUCAGAACCGCGUCUUCCUGGUACACCUCUGAAAUUAUUUAGCUAGGUAAAAAAACUGUGACUAUAGUUAAUAUAACAGAAUAUAUUUAUUGUAUAUAUUCACCACUUACACAGAUAUUCUAAAUAUAUAUUCUAUCUGAAACCAGAAGUUCUAGUUUUUUAUUAAAUUUAUUUGUGUAGACACGAUCGUCUUUAUAGCUUUUACUGUUCCUUACCUGAUGCUGCAUAAUGCAUAUAGCUGAAACUUAGAGAUGGACUCCAUCUCUGGGCAGUUUGUAUCAUGGGAUUAAAGUGUUCACUAUAGAGAAUAUCUAAAGAAAAGGACACCUACCUUCCAAUUAUAUACUGCAUGGCCUUUUGGCGAGUCAUCUGUAAUUCUGUUUCCUGUAUGCACUUCGUGUGUGUGUGUUCUGAAUAUAUGGAAGGAUUACCUACUGAAAUUAAAAACUUUUUGAGCACCGAAAUUAACGCUUUACGAGCAUAUAUAGCUUAAUGUAGGAAGUAAACGUAGCCAGUUGUGCUGUAAAGUAAAAAAAAAAGAGCCUUAUGUAGAGCAGAUCAGGAUUUUUUAAUGAAAGAUGGUGACAUUUUUCAAAAUGGAGCGUGUUCAGGGAAACGUUUGUGUUUCACUAGGAACGGUUUCUCAGGUUUAGCUUAUAUGAGAGAAUUGUCCAAAAACAGUUAGGUGGUAAGAGGACUUCUUUAAUUGGUGUACAGACUUGAAUGUAGGUCUUCCACAAUCAAAGGGAAUUAAACUAUUGGUUAUUCCUGAGGUUCGACUCUUUCUUUAUCCAGCUUAUGAAUAUUGCUUUUAAGUUAUUUUACAGAGAGUUUUUUUUUAACCUAGGAGUUUCCUAUCUUGUGUGGAUAUUCUCUUCAUUCAGCUAUUCUGAGUUUUGUUUGAGCUUUCUGAUUUUUCGAAAGGUCUGAUUGUAUUGUUACACAACAUUAGACAAUUAUUUUACAUUUUACAUUUCAUUUUUAGGGAGAGGUAGGCAAACAGCUUUCCUUUCAGUUUUAUUUUUAACAUUAAACAAUAGCAUGCAGAAUAAAACUGUGCUUGAAAUAACAUAUGCACUAGUAAUUCCAAAGAAUAUAGCCAAGAAAAAUGUCAAAUGUGAGAUGUGCUUUUUAAAAACUUAUGUCCGUUGAUUUAGUAAGGCAGGAAAAAAGUCCUAGUCUCCAGUGCAAGUGUAUUUAUACCAGGGAUUUCUUUCUAUGCAAUAUUAUGGUGCACCUGUUUUUUUAGGGAUUGACUUGAUUGCUAUGGUUGUUGUAUCGUUGUGUUGUGUGUAGAAUAUUCUGUUAAAGUGUCAUUAAGGAAACUAUGUCUUAAAUGGUGUUAUAUUUUUAGGCUCUUUUUUGUGCAAUCUGACUUCACUAAAUCAUAAGCAUUCUCCGAGUAACAGUAGCAAGACAAUAUUUCAUAAAAUUAUGCAAGUCUCGUGCGUUAUACUUUUCUCUAGUCACCUUCCAGGAGAAAACACUGUGUUAGUGUUGUGAGUUUUAAAAUUUUGUAUUCCUGUAUCUUAGAAAUAAACCAAAUUGUAUUAUAGUUUUAAACUCAAAAAGCUAAUAUAUAUAUGUUUCUAAAGUUGUUCAGGACUGGAAUCCAUGUUGCAGCUCAGGAAAGCUGUGACAAAAAAAUUAAGGUUCUUGAAGAGGUUUAAACAAACCUAACUCCUCCCACACGGUGGUAAAUUAUUUCUCUUGGUAAUGGAGAUGCUGUCUGUUCAAGAGUGGGCUCCUUAAGUGCAAGCUUUUAUUGUUGUUUCUUUGAUUUACCUUGACUUUGUUGGAAAAAAAUUAAGAAUUUCUUAACUGUAAACUUUACGAGUAAGUUACUUAAGUUACUUUUGGUUGCAGUUUCUUCUGCAGUGUUUGUAUUUCACUAAGGAAUGUUUGUUUCUAAUAUUUGUAACAAUACUGUGAUAUCACUAAAAGUUCAAAAACAACUUUUUCUAAUAAUGCCUUGUAACUUACCUAGCCUUACAGUAUUUCAGAUUAUUUUCCACCCAAACUGCAUCUAGUCACUGGUUGUCACAAUUAUGAAAAAUAUAUAUUUAUAAACCUGUA